UCACUCGGCCCCUCUCCCCUCCACCACUCCCAGCCCCCGUCUCCCCCACCGUCACCCCCCAGCGCCGGCUCCGCCUCUUCCCCCUCCCCGGCCCAGUGCUCCGAAUCUUCCCCGGCCGUUGCCAGGGAGACCAGCCGAUACCAGGCAAAUAGGCGUACCAGAAAGAAAAGGGGGGAAAGCUACACUGCAGCCUGGUAACAAAGGAGCAAUAAAAGCAGCCCCCAAAUGGAGGGCUAAGGACGCGUCUGGGAGAAAAUCUGAAAGCGAGCUAGCAGUCACCCCAAUUUAAAAUAGGAGGGGGAUGCGGAGGAAGGGGCAUGAUUCACGUUGGGGAUGGGGGGAAAUCAAGAGCCUUAAAUGGGCUUUUGGGAAUCGCCUGGAUGGUGGUGUCGGAUCAGCCCAGUUGGCUUUUCAAGUUGGAACUGCUAAUACAAGGGAUUUGCGUCCAUCCUGGCGGCUGGGGUCGUGGGCCAGGCCAGCGGGCUCUCUGAAGGGUAAUAACACGUUUGCUGGCAAGAUGCAUUUCUACGGAAACGUCUUUACAUCAGCUCUGGGGAAUAUGACCAUGGUCGAAUAAUGCAUCUGAAGGAACUGGACAGUGAGAAGACGAAGCUUCACGUAACAAUGUUCAGCUUGGUGAUUUUUAAAGCAACGCUUGAACAAAGAGUUACUGGCUUGAACCAACCGUCUUUUUCACUCAGAGUGUGACCUAUUUCCCUACAAUGAGCAGAAAAUAAAACUGUUUGAGAAUUCAGAGCCAGCACCAGGAGAAAUGAACCAUUCCCUCGACUGCUUCUCACCUUCAUAAGCGAAAGAUUAUUCCUUGCAAGAUCACCAAAUGUAAACGAGAAAAGGUGGUCUGAUUUUGCCACGAGUGAAAACUUUGGGAAGAAAAUGCUUAUUAAGCUGUUUCCUUCGUUCCCCUCACCCCCCAUACUUUAAGUCAGUGCCUUGUCUCUCACACACAAAAAGCGUCUGGUACUUCGGUGGCAAGGAGCGCAGUGACAGAUGGAGGUAUCCUGUGUACCAUUAUAGAAGCUUUUCCUCUAACCCAAGUUAGACUUGGAGAGCUCAGGGAUCUUGCUAUCUCUCAACAUACAGAACAUUUCUCCUUAGAACUGCAAUCCGGUUUAGAAUGUCAUCGUUGCUGCUGCCUCCCUUCCUUUCAGGAGCACAUUCGCCUGCGUGCGCACUCACACACACGUUCAAAAAGAGUCCAUUCGAUUCUGGCAGUAGGCUGAAAACGAUCCAUAUUGACGCGAAUAACAACCCAACUGUAAAUAUGGAUUCGUCUACUCGAGGCUGUGUCUCAUUUCACCAUAGAGGAAAAUUAUGUCAUUUAAAACAGUGAUAAAACGCGAAGAGUUUCGAUCUUCUGUAAAUGGCUCUCACUUUGAAUUGUGGGAAAAAAAAAAUCACUAAUUGGGAAUAGCCAGAGAAGGGGGAAUUUGUUGAGCGCCCAAGGCCAAUCUCAAAAUAUUUUAUUUCAUGCCAAUGUGGGAGAGGGAAGGGAGUGUGGCUUCGCUGUUUGCCGCUUUUGCAUUUUCCACAUCUGGCCUACAGACCUAAUUCUAACUUGCGAUCUCGCUUGAUGAAAUUCGAUCUUCGUGGUUUAAAUACUUUUCAAUUUGGGACGAUUUAACCAUUGCAGCAGUUGAAAAAACAAACCCUGAGCAUUAUCUGUAAAACCAAUAUGGAAAAAGAAAGAAAGAAAACAUGCUGCAAACACACAAAUCGCAACCAUUGUCUUUAACACUCGCAUACACACACAUACACAUAAACACACGGAAAGAUGGGGGAGGGGAGCGAGUGGAGAGAGAGACACACGGAUAUAGACCGACGAGAGUCAAUGCGAGUCAAGUUAACGCUUUCUCCGCCCCGAUGCACAAGUACCCCCCUCCCGCGUUAAUUAAUUCCAAACAAAGCAAGCCAAUCAAGAAAUGCAUUAUUAUUUUCAAGCAGAGAGAGACGAGUGCCAUGUAUUUUUUAAUUGAUUUAUUUAUUUGGAGGACAUUAAUUCUCGGUCUGAGGCUGAUUUUCAAACCGUUUGCAAAGCGCGGCUCCAUUGUUCGCCAGGCGCGCAGACCCCGCCCCCUGCUUUGUGUGCGGCGCGCGGAUUGGCCGACGCGCGCGGGGGCCGCGUCAGCGCCCGCGAGCCCAUUCAUCUGUGCACUUGGGCGUUGGACCCCGCAUCUUAUUAGCAACCAGGGAGAUUUCUCCAUUUUCCUCUUGUCUACAGUGCGGCUACAAAUCUGGGAUUUUUUUAUUACUUCUUUUUUUUUCGAACUACACUUGGGCUCCUUUUUUUGUGCUCGACUUUUCCACCCUUUUUCCCUCCCUCCUGUGCUGCUGCUUUUUGAUCUCUUCGACUAAAAUUUUUUUAUCCGGAGUGUAUUUAAUCGGUUCUGUUCUGUCCUCUCCACCACCCCCACCCCCCUCCCUCCGGUGUGUGUGCCGCUGCCGCUGUUGCCGCCGCCGCCGCUGCUGCUGCUCGCCCAGUCGUUACACCAACCCGAGGCUCUUUGUUUCCCCUCUUGGAUCUGUUGAGUUUCUUUGUUGAAGAAGCCAGCAUGGGUGCCCAGUUCUCCAAGACCGCAGCGAAGGGAGAAGCCGCCGCGGAGAGGCCUGGGGAGGCGGCUGUGGCCUCGUCGCCUUCCAAAGCGAACGGACAGGAGAAUGGCCACGUGAAGGUAAACGGCGACGCUUCGCCCGCGGCCGCCGAGUCGGGCGCCAAGGAGGAGCUGCAGGCCAACGGCAGCGCCCCGGCCGCCGACAAGGAGGAGCCCGCGGCCGCCGGGAGCGGGGCGGCGUCGCCCUCCGCGGCCGAGAAAGAUGAGCCGGCCGCCGCCGCCGCCCCCGAGGCCGGGGCCAGCCCGGUAGAGAAGGAGGCCCCCGCGGAAAGCGAGGCUGCCGAGCCCGGCUCGCCCACGGCCGCGGAGGGAGAGGCCGCGUCGGCCGCCUCCUCGACGUCUUCGCCCAAGGCCGAGGACGGGGCCACGCCCUCGCCCAGCAACGAGACCCCGAAAAAAAAAAAGAAGCGCUUUUCCUUCAAGAAGUCUUUCAAGCUGAGCGGCUUCUCCUUCAAGAAGAACAAGAAGGAGGCUGGAGAAGGCGGUGAGGCUGAGGCGCCCGCUGCCGAAGGCGGCAAGGACGAGGCCGCCGGGGGCGCAGCUGCGGCCGCCGCCGAGGCGGGCGCGGCCUCCGGGGAGCAGGCAGCGGCGCCGGGCGAGGAGGCGGCAGCGGGCGAGGAGGGGGCGGCGGGUGGCGACCCGCAGGAGGCCAAGCCCCAGGAGGCCGCUGUCGCGCCAGAGAAGCCGCCCGCCAGCGACGAGACCAAGGCCGCCGAGGAGCCCAGCAAGGUGGAGGAGAAAAAGGCCGAGGAGGCCGGGGCCAGCGCCGCCGCCUGCGAGGCCCCCUCCGCCGCCGGGUCCGGCGCGCCCCCGGAGCAGGAGGCAGCCCCCGCGGAGGAGCCCGCGGCCGCCGCAGCCUCGUCAGCCUGCGCAGCCCCUUCACAGGAGGCCCAGCCCGAGUGCAGUCCAGAAGCCCCCCCAGCGGAGGCGGCAGAGUAAAAGAGCAAGCUUUUGUGAGAUAAUCGAAGAACUUUUCUCCCCCGUUUGUUUGUUGGAGUGGUGCCAGGUACUGGUUUUGGAGAACUUGUCUACAACCAGGGAUUGAUUUUAAAGAUGUCUUUUUUUAUUUUACUUUUUUUUAAGCACCAAAUUUUUUUUUUCUCCCCUCCCCACAGAUCCCAUCUCAAAUCAUUCUGUUAACCACCAUUCCAACCGGUCGAGGAGAGCUUAAACACCUUCUUCCUCUGCCUUGUUUCUCUUUUAUUUUUUAUUUUUUCGCAUCAGUAUUAAUGUUUUUGCAUACUUUGCAUCUUUAUUCAAAAAUGUAAACUUUCUUUGUCAAUCUAUGGACAUGCCCAUAUAUGAAGGAGAUGGGUGGGUCAAAAAGGGAUAUCAAAUGAAGUGAUAGGGGUCACAAUGGGGAAAUUGAAGUGGUGCAUAACAUUGCCAAAAUAGUGUGCCACUAGAAAUGGUGUAAAGGCUGUCUUUUUUUUUUUUUAAAGAAAAGUUAUUACCAUGUAUUUUGUGAGGCAGGUUUACAACACUACAAGUCUUGACUAAGAAGGAAAGAGGAAAAAAGAAAAAACACCAAUACCCAGAUUAAAAAAAAAAAAAAGAUCAUAGUCUUAGGAGUUCAUUUAAACCAUAGGAACUUUUCACUUAUCUCAUGUUAGCUGUACCAGUCAGUGAUUAAGUAGAACUACAAGUUGUAUAGGCUUUAUUGUUUAUUGCUGGUUUAUGACCUUAAUAAAGUGUAAUUAUGUAUUACCAGCAGGGUGUUUUUAACUGUGACUAUUGUAUAAAAACAAAUCUUGAUAUCCAGAAGCACAUGAAGUUUGCAACUUUCCACCCUGCCCAUUUUUGUAAAACUGCAGUCAUCUUGGACCUUUUAAAACACAAAUUUUAAACUCAACCAAGCUGUGAUAAGUGGAAUGGUUACUGUUUAUACUGUGGUAUGUUUUUGAUUACAGCAGAUAAUGCUUUCUUUUCCAGUCGUCUUUGAGAAUAAAGGAAAAAAAAUCUUCAGAUGCAAUGGUUUUGUGUAGCAUCUUGUCUAUCAUGUUUUGUAAAUACUGGAGAAGCUUUGACCAAUUUGACUUAGAGAUGGAAUGUAACUUUGCUUACAAAAAUUGCUAUUAAACUCCUGCUUAAGGUGUUCUAAUUUUCUGUGAGCACACUAAAAGCGAAAAAUAAAUGUGAAUAAAAUGUACAAAUUUGUUGUGUUUUUUAUGUUCUAAUAAUUCUGAGACUUCUAGGUCUUAGGUUAAUUUUUAGGAAGAUCUUGCAUGCCAUCAGGAGUAAAUUUUAUUGUGGUUCUUAAUCUGAAGUUUUCAAGCUCUGAAAUUCAUAAUCCGCAGUGUCAGAUUACGUAGAGGAAGAUCUUACAACAUUCCAUGUCAAAUCUGUUACCAUUUAUUGGCAUUUAGUUUUCAUUUAAGAAUUGAACAUAAUUAUUUUUAUUGUAGCUAUAUAGCAUGUCAGAUUAAAUCAUUUACAACAAAAGGGGUAUGAACCUAAGACUAUUUAAAUGUCUUAUGAGAAAAUUUCAUAAAGCCAUUCUCUUGUCAUUCAGGUCCAGAAACAAAUUUUAAAUUGAGUGAGAGUCUAUAGAAUCCAUACUGCAGAUGGGUCAUGAAAUGUGACCAAAUGUGUUUAAAAAUUGUUGGUGUAUUACCUGCUAUUGUAAUUGCUUAGUGCUUGGCUAAUUUCCAAAUUAUUGCAUAAUAUGUUCUACCUUAAGAAAACAGGUUUAUGUAACAAAGUAAUGGUGUUGAAUGGAUGAUGUCAGUUCAUGGGCCUUUAGCAUAGUUUUAAGCAUCCUUUUUUUUUUUUUUUUUUUUGAAAGUGUGUUAGCAUCUUGUUACUCAAAGGAUAAGAUAGACAAUAAUACUUCACUGAAUAUUAAUAAUCUUUACUAGUUUACCUCCUCUGCUCUUUGCCACCCGAUAACUGGAUAUCUUUUUCUUCAAAGGACCCUAAACUGAUUGAAAUUUAAGAUAUGUAUCAAAAACCAUUAUUUCAUUUAAUGCACAUCUGUUUUGCUGUUUUUGAGCAGUGUGCAGUUUAGGGUUCAUGAUAAAUCAUUGAACCACAUGUGUAACAACUGAAUGCCAAAUCUUAAACUCAUUAGAAAAAUAACAAAUUAGCUUUUGACACGCAUUCUUAAUUGGAAUAAUGGAUCAAAAAUAGUGGUUCAUGACCUUACCAAACACCCUUGCUACUAAUAAAAUCAAAUAACACUUAGAAGGGUGUGUAUUUUUAGUUAGGGUUUCUUGAUCUUGGAGGAUGUUUGAAAGUUAAAAAUUGAAUUUGGUAACCAAAGGACUGAUUUAUGGGUCUUUCCUAUCUUAACCAACGUUUUCUUAGUUACCUAGAUGGCCAAGUACAGUGCCUGGUAUGUAGUAGGACUCAGUAAAAAAGUGGAUUUUUAAAAAUAACUCCCAAAGUGAAUAGUCAAAAAUCCUGUGUAGCAAACUGUUAUAUAUUGCUAAGUUUGUUCUUUUAACAGCUGGAAUUUAUUAAGAUGCAUUAUUUUGAUUUUAUUCACUGCCUAAAACACUUUGGGUGGUAUUGAUGGAGUUGGUGGAUUUUCCUCCAAGUGAUUAAAUGAAAUUUGACGUAUCUUUUCAUCCAAAGUUUUGUACAUCAUGUUUUCUAACGGAAAAAAAUGUUAAUAUGGCUUUUUUGUAUUACUAAAAAUAGCUUUGAGAUUAAGGAAAAAUAAAUAACUCUUGUACAGUUCAGUAUUGUCUAUUAAAUCUGUAUUGGCAGUAUGUAUAAUGGCAUUUGCUGUGGUUACAAAAUACUUCCUCUGGGUUAUAAUAAUCAUUUGAUCCAAUUCCUAUUGCUUGUAAAAUAAAGUUUUACCAGUUGAUAUAA